AUGGCGGACAACGACACCAACAACGGUCCUUCAAGACCACGGGCACCGACCAUCACCAUCGACACAUCUGCUACCAACGACCCUACCAUGGGCGAUUCAGUACCCCUAGGAGACAUCCAAGAUAAUAGCAGGCCAGCAGCAUCCUCAAACAACGACGAUGUCUCGCCCACGCACUCAAGGCAGCCGUCACAGGAGCUGCGUAACGCGCACUCGUUCGAUAGCAGAGAGAGCCGGCCAACGAGCCCGCAUAACAUCAGCUCGCCGGUGACAGGAUGGAACAGUAACGCCGGUCUACUCAACGUACCCGGUGCGCGAUCCCGGGGCAACUCGGUCGACUCGGCCACUGAGAACGGCGAAUCUAAUAGCACUGGAACCUAUGUUGCAUCCUCACAAGGCGAUACUUUGAAGGGUGACCUAGGCCCAACGGAAAUCUUAAACGAUAAAGAUGCUUUGAAGCCGGACCCGGGCACAGAGGCUGACUUUGAGGUCGAGAACAACAAGUUUGCCUUCUCCCCCGGACAACUAGGAAAGCUCUACAACCCCAAGAGUUUAUCAGCAUUCCACGCGCUCGGUGGCCUAGACGGCAUAGAAAAAGGACUUCGAACCGACCGAAAGGCUGGUCUGAGUUUGGAUGAGCAGCAUCUUGAUGGCGUCGUUACAUUCGAUGAGGCUACAACACCUAGCAGAACAGAAUCUCCUCAGAAAUCCGCGCCAAACGGGGUUGCCCACACGGACAGCGCGCCCGCUGGCGCUAAGGAAAACGCCUUUGCCGACAGGAAGCGCGUAUUCAGCGACAACCGACUUCCCGUGCGGAAACCAAAGAACAUCUUCCAGUUAGCAUGGAUGGCCUACAACGACAAGGUUCUGAUCUUGUUGACUUGUGCUGCCGUCAUUUCCUUGGCUCUUGGAUUAUACCAGACCUUCGGUGUAAAGCACGAGCCCGGUGAGCCUAAAGUCGAAUGGAUUGAAGGCGUUGCCAUCAUUGUUGCCAUCGUCAUUGUCGUGGUUGUAGGCGCUGCAAACGACUGGCAAAAGGAACGACAAUUCGUCAAGCUCAACCGCAAGAAGGAAGACAGAACCAUCAAGGUAAUUCGUUCAGGCGCAACUCGCGAGAUCUCCGUAUACGACAUUUUCGUUGGAGAUGUCGUCAAUCUGGAGCCCGGUGACAUGAUCCCUGUGGAUGGUAUUCUCAUCACAGGUCACGGCAUCAAAUGCGACGAAUCCUCGGCUACUGGAGAGUCUGAUCUGCUCAAGAAGAUGUCUGGAGACGAGGCCUUCAAGGCUAUCGAAAGGCACGACAACUUGAAGAAGGUCGACCCAUUCAUCCUUUCGGGUGCCAAAGUCUCGGAAGGUGUCGGUUCUUUCAUGGUCACUGCGACUGGUGUUCAUUCCAGCUACGGAAAAACCAUGAUGUCCCUCCGCGAAGACAGCGAAGUCACCCCACUCCAGAAUAAGUUGAACGUUCUCGCAACGUACAUCGCCAAACUUGGUGGAGCGGCUGCCCUGUUGCUCUUUGUUGUACUCUUCAUUGAGUUCCUUGUCGGCCUCAAGGGAAGCGGUGCUACUCCCGCCGAAAAGGGUCAGAACUUCCUCAACAUUCUCAUCGUCGCCAUUACUGUCAUCGUAGUCGCCGUGCCGGAGGGUCUGCCUCUAGCCGUUACCCUUGCCUUAGCCUUCGCCACCACCCGCAUGUUGAAAGACAAUAACCUGGUUCGCCUGCUCCGAUCCUGCGAAACCAUGGGCAACGCGACAACCAUCUGCUCCGACAAAACAGGCACAUUGACACAAAACAAGAUGACGGUCGUCGCUGGUUCGCUGGGCACUGCUCUUCGGUUUGGCGACCACAAACUCAAGGCACCAUCAGCGGAACCCGUUGAUGACGGCAGCAAGGGCAAGGAUGUGGUGGAGUCCCCCGUAGAAAAUCCGAACGAUGUCUCGGCUCCCGAAUUUGUUGCGACCCUGAACGCAGAUGUCAAGGAUGUUCUAUUACAGUCCAUCAUUCAGAACACGACUGCCUUCGAGGGCGCGGCUGGUGGCCCUGAUCCUUUCAUUGGCUCCAAGACGGAAACCGCUCUACUUGGAUUCGCACGCGAUUUUCUUGGCAUGGGCAACGUCGCUCAGGAGCGCUCCAACGCCAACAUUGUUCAGGUCAUACCUUUCGAUUCAGCUAUCAAGUGCUCUGGAGCUGUUCAGAAGCUUAACGACGGUCGCUACCGAAUGUACGUCAAGGGUGCUUCCGAGAUUCUGCUCGGCAUGUGCGACAAGAUAGUCACCGACGCCAACAAAGAACUUGUUGAGACAUCUAUGACUAGCGACAACCGCGAGACUCUUGAACAAGUCAUCACUACCUACGCCUCUCGGUCUCUUCGAACCAUCGGUCUCAUCUAUCGCGACUUCGAGAGCUGGCCGCCCGCUGAGUCCUCUAAGAACGAGGAUGACCCAAGCCAAGCUGUGUUCAAAGACGUUUCCAACAAGAUGACUUUCCUGGCCGUUGUUGGUAUCCAAGAUCCUCUGCGAGAGAGCGUCCGCGAAGCUGUCAAAGACUGUCAGCACGCAGGCGUCUACGUACGCAUGGUCACUGGUGACAACGUUCUGACCGCUAAGGCCAUCGCCGAAGACUGCGGUAUCCUCGUUCCUGGUGGAGUCGUCAUGGAAGGUCCUACCUUCCGCAAGCUAUCCAAGCGAGACAUGGACGCCGUCAUUCCCAAGCUGUGUGUCCUCGCUCGUUCUAGUCCGGAGGAUAAGCGUAGACUCGUCAAACGCCUCAAAGAGCUUGGUGAAACUGUUGCUGUUACUGGUGACGGAACCAACGACGCGCCGGCUCUCAAGACUGCAGACGUCGGUUUCUCCAUGGGUAUCGCUGGUACCGAAGUCGCAAAGGAGGCAUCCGCCAUCAUUCUCAUGGACGACAACUUCGCUUCCAUCGUCAAGGCACUGCUAUGGGGACGUGCGGUCAAUGAUGCGGUCAAGAAGUUCUUGCAAUUCCAGAUCACCGUCAACAUCACCGCCGUCCUGCUUACCUUCGUCUCAGCCGUAUCUAGCAACGACCAAACCUCUGUACUGACUGCUGUUCAACUGCUCUGGGUCAACCUCAUCAUGGACACCUUCGCCGCCCUAGCCCUCGCAACUGAUCCUCCUACACGCAGCCUUCUCGACCGAAAACCCGAUCCGAAGUCUGCUCCUUUGAUUACGUUGAGGAUGUGGAAGAUGAUCAUCGGUCAAGCAAUCUACCAGUUGGUCGUCACGUUCAUCCUCUACUUCGCCGGCGAAUCUAUCCUUAGUUACGAAAGCGACGACGAAAAGAAACAACUGCCCGCACUGGUCUUCAACACCUUCGUCUGGAUGCAGAUCUUCAACGCGUUGAACAACCGCCGACUUGACAACCGCUUCAACGUUUUCGAAGGUAUCACCCACAACUGGUUCUUCAUCGUCAUCCUGGCAAUCAUGAUCGGUGGUCAGACUAUGAUCAUCUUCGUUGGUGGCGUCGCCUUCAAGGUUACCAGGCUCAACGGUGCUCAGUGGGGUUACUCAAUAGUCUUGGGUUUCCUUUCACUACCCGUAGGUGUCAUCGUUCGAUUAAUACCCGACGCACUUAUCCGCAAGUGUAUCCCGGACUUCUUCAGGCGCAAACAAACUCCCGAACUUGUCGUCUCAGACGAUGAUUACCAUUGGAACCAGGGCUUACUGGAGAUCCGUGACGAGCUUGCUUUCCUCCGCAAAGUCCGAGGUGGGCGUCUUAGCGCCAUGAAGUUCAAGGUGCAACAUCCCAAGGAGAUGUUCACAAAGUCCCGCUCUAGCCAUUCGCUCCCUGGCACCCCGAACAACGGUCCUCAAGAUGAUGGUUCUCCUCCUACUCCCAACAGCCGCCGUCGCACCAGGUCCCGCUCCAAUUCCGCUUUCGGCCCAGCUACUGUUAUGGCCGGUAUUGUCGCAGGUAGUGUCGCUGGUUGGUCGCCAAUUGACCGCGGUCAUGGUGACAACGACUCGAUCAAGUUCAGCCGCGAUGCGACGAAGCAAGACCUCGAGGCUCAGGAUGGUAUCGAAGUGCAUCCUGACACCAAGUCGACUGAUCCUAUCCUGGCGCCCGAUGCCAGCGAGUACCGUGGUCCUCCCAGCCAGAACAUGGACACAACACCUGAAUUUGUUGUAGGACCGUUUUCCGGCCAUUCCGGCGACCAGGGCAAGUCGACUGGACCCGGCACAUGA